UUCGGUUUUUAAAUGACUUUAUAAUUUAUUUCAAUUUUUAUGAUCCUCUCUUGAGUUUUCUUUAAAGAGUUCUCAAAUCUUUUCACACGGAGCUUUGAAUGCAAUCCUCGGGGAAACUCGAUCGAAUGCAAAUUGAUCGGCCAAGUAUGCAAUAUCCUCAUUGUUUUUGCUGCGGUUUCACUAGAUACCUCCUUCACGCAAAUUGUGCACGGGUUAGUUAUGAAUCACAGUCACUGCUCGUAGGAUUUCACCAGCACAGUGUCAAUCGCAUGCUAUUGCCUCUUAUUAAGGUUGCGUCAGAUGUCUGGAUAAAUAUGCUCUAGUCCUUUAAAACGAUUUUCUGGCUCCACUAAUCCUCGCGUAAACCACAGUAGUUGCAAUGGAGGAAAAACGAGUAGCAGACUAUUUCGUGGUGGCCGGGCUACCUGAAAAACCUGUGGAGAUUGGCGAAUUCAACCAGGAAGGCACAUGCCUGAAGCCAACUCACUCUUUGCCUCCUAUUACUGAAGUCACGGUCAUAUUCCACUCAUUAGGAGAGUCUGUGCCUCCAGGAUUCACUUGCAUCACAUUAACUCCGUCAGGUCACUCCGCGAGUCUAACCAUGGGAGCUUGGAAAAGCACAGAUGUGUAUCUCUGCUACAAAAGAGGUCUGGACAAGCCGCCUUUGGUUGACAUUGGUGUGAUCUAUGAUGGGAAGGAAAGGAUCAUGUCUGAUUCUCAGGUGGUGAGAACUACACCUGAGAACAGACCAGCAAGCAUCACCUCAGGAACCUCCACAAAAACAUAUGUUACAUUCCGCCGAGCACCAGAAAGGAUGCCAUGUAACCAGCUGGUGGUCACAGACGUUUGCGUCAUAAACCCAGGCAAGGGUGAAAAUCCUCCUCAUGCGUUUUGCCUCAUUGACAAAAGCCUCAAUAAAAGUUUGAUUGGCAUGUCAGGCGCCUACAUCUGCUACAAGAAGUCUAUGCACAGGCCUAACUUAAUCACUUAUAAACCAGGCGUUUUGGCAAGAUAUCCCAAGGUAGACCACGCGUACUUUCCGUUUCCUGAAAAUGUGCCCAUGUUUUGUUUGCCAAUGGGAGCCACAAUCGAGUGCUGGCCUGCUGAAGCCGCCCAGCCAAAACCUUUGUUCUCAACCUUUGUUCUAACUGUUGCUGAUGGAGCAGAAAUGAUUUAUGGGUCGGCAAUAACAUUUUACGAGCGGAUGCCGGAUGACAAUUUGACGACAAGCCAAAGAAAACAAUUAAAACUCGAAAACACCAAUACAUUGACAAGUGUUAACGCCAAUAAGUGUAUAUGUCUGCUGUCCCACUAUCCGUUCUUUGACACAUUUGAAAAGUUUCUCAAGUUCCUUUACAAAAUGACAUGCAACGGACCUCAUGCUGUGCCUGUAGAAAGAUACAUUUCGUACUUCCUCGAAAAUGUCCCUUGCCCGUCACCCAAGAGACCGCGAAUUCUCUUCCAGUUGUCAUCUACAGAGCGUGUUAUAUUAACACAACCUGAAGAUUUGCCUCUGUCAAAGAGUGGAGCUAAUUUUAGCGCUCUCCUCUCAAAUCUGGGGCCUGAAAACUGCUUACUAGUUCUUUUACUGGCUUUGACAGAACAAAAAAUUCUAGUUCACUCCCUCCGUCCUGAUGUUUUGACAGCUGUUGCUGAGGCUAUUUCUAUGAUCAUAUUUCCCUUCAAGUGGCAAUGUCCGUACAUUCCGCUUUGUCCACUGGGUCUAGCCUAUGUCCUUCACGCACCUGUCCCUUUGUUAAUUGGAGUUGACUCAAGGUUUUUUGAUUUCUACGACCCUCCAUCUGAAAUCAGUUACAUUGACUUGGAUACAAACAGCAUCACCAUCCACCAAAGCAACGAUGAUAAAGAGAAAUGUCCUCUCACGUCCAAAACUUUGCCCAAAAAAGCUGCGCGAAAUUUGCUGAAGAACUUGCAGCGGCUUUUUGGAAAGGUCCGAGUCACUAAUCAAAAUUUGCAGAAAAGUGUUAGUACUGAAGGGGAAUUUGACGAUUCAAGUAUUGAUUGGGAUUUCAUCAAAAAAAGGAAAGAGCAAGCCCUUGAAGUCGAGAUCCAAGAAGCGUUCUUGCAUUUCAUGGCCACAGUGCUGAAGGGCUACAGAAGCUUUCUCUUACCCAUCACUAAAGCUCCAACUGCAGGAACCACAGACCCCAGCUCACUCUUUGAUUUGGAAGGAUUCAAACGCUCUAGAGACAGAGCACAUCACAAAUUUUUUGAGCUCAUAAUGAAGACACAGAUGUUCAUCAAGUUUAUCGAGGAAAGGUCCUUUGUGUCGGACAUGGAUGCGUCACUAGCAUUUUUCGACGACUGUGCUGAAAAAGUUGGAACGUCGGAUGAUGUUGAUGCUCCGUUAUUAGAGCUUGAUGAUCACGAGAAGAGUGAGAACACAGUGUUCAUCAUGCCACCCGAGCCCACAGAUUUACCCCCUGGUGUCACCUACUCCUACAGGGGUUUUGUGUUGAAUCCUGCUUUAUUCAACCAAAAUGAGACAGUCAAGUUCCUUGGAGACAUUUCAUUGUUGCCUGGUAGUCCUAUUGCUAAGCGAACCAAACACGAAAUUCGCUGUGCUCAGAAAAUGGCGAGAAAAUCAUCUGCUUCGCCCCUUCUCUGGGCCAAGUGUUUGCUCAGCACUUGCUACAGCCUAUGGUUCAUUCACCUGCCCAGCCAUAUCCUUCGAUCACAGUCCAAGGUUCAAAUUCUUCAAAAGGCGUUUGAUUUGCUGGAAAAGCUCCACAAAUUGAAAGUCCCACCAUCAGAUGAAAUUUGUUACCGCGUGGUGAUGCAACUUUGUGGUCUGUACAACAUGCCAGUCCUUGCCGUGAAGCUUUUGUUCCUGAUGAAGCGAAGUGGAAUGCAACCAAACGCCAUUACAUAUGGUUUUUACAACCGUGCAGUCCUGGAGGCCGCCUGGCCCUCUGACAUUAAUAACUCAAGUCAGCUGCUGUGGACUAAAUUGAGAAACGUCAUACUUGGAGUCGCUCUCUUCCGGCGGGCUGGUAGGAAAGGUUCCAGGAGGCGUCUCUCAAUGGACAAGGAUUCUGAUGGUCAUUCACUGGGAGGCGUGUCCAGGACAUCAUUGGAGAGUGGAAAUUCCUCGCAUGACUCUGCUCCAAAUCAAAUUAGCAAGGAAGUGCUAGAGGUUGCUGCCCAGCAGAAGUCCGCCACUUUAGGAAGUGACGCUGGCUAUGGUUCUCUUUAUGAGUCUACUUCGAGGGGCUGCCUCAACGAAAACAGCUCGGCUAGUGAAAUCCAACAAACAGAGGACACAAACGUGACAACCAAAGAAGAAGAGGAGGUUUGUGAUGAAAAUGACACAGUGCAAAUCCGGCCUCGAGUGAGCAGCAUUGUAAAAGCUCCAACACCAGUGUCUCCUAAUCCUCAGCAUCCUGAACCAUCAGAAAAUCACGUUGAAUUAAGAAGACCUGUUUCUGUUGGAACAGCAACUGACAAUACUUUUCGGAGGCGACACUUUAGUGGAUCGGACUACUCAAGACUGAGGGAACAUAGAACUGCUUCAGCAAAUGAAGCAAGUGAUUGCUUCCAAAUGCUUAGGUCAGAAAGUUUUGCAAACGAUGCCCAGAUCCUGGAGAAACUUGGACAGCUCAAAGUGAUUAUGCAGAAUGAAGAAGCUCAAGCUAAGAAACAAUCAGAGCUUGCUAAUGGUCACAAACGCAGAGGAAAACUUGGAAGUGAAUCUCAUCGUUCCGAAAGCCAGGACCUUGAGCAAGCCGUCAUUGAUUACAUGCAGGAUGGCAGCGAAAACACCACCCCAACAAAGCAGUCUGCACCUUCCACUCCAUCAAACCUAAGCAGAACUCCACGCAGUCCUGCGCGCACCAUUGUUACGGAGAAUGACCCUUUGGGUGCUCUGAAUGCUGAGGACGAUGAUGAAGAAGAUGCCAAAGCUCUUCCUCCAAGUGUCGAGCAGAGUCCAGCCAAGAGCUGGAUAGCAGAAGAAGGAGCACAUGGGCCAGUGCUUUUCAAGGACAGCAACAGAAACGUCAGACGCAAAACUGAAGACAUGACUGACAAAUUUACUCCACCGCCUGUGUUGCGAAGUGCUACAUAUCAUCAAGGAAUGGGUGCAGACAGCAUCAUGAAGAGCCAAACUCCACCUGAGUCAUGUGUUGACUCAGACGAUAUUUACAUGGACGAUGGCACAAAAAAGGUGAUCCAGAGAUCAUCCACGCUGCCUGCUAGCCCAUCGGCCAUGAUGCGCACUGGAGUUCAAGCUUCUCCUAGUGUUGCAUCUAGUCUAAGCAGCUUAAGUUCCAGUUUCAAGUUGCCGUUCAGAAGGUACAGUCCUGGAAGAUUGAGUUUGAGAAAGCCGGAUAUGCGCUUGCUCGAAAACGCUCAAAAUGCUCUAACACAGCGUUUCAGUCCUGCAAGCUUGACAGGCAAGAGGACAAAUGAAAUGUUUAUGAAUUUGAAGUCUGCAGCCUCGACAGCCGCUACAUCUAUGGCCAAAAAAUUUGACGAAAUUAAGGAGGUGAUAUCUUCAAAUACCACACCAGUCAAAGGCACAACUCCACAUGGCUAUCCAUCUUCAGCAACAAGAGAAAGCAGUGUUGUUGGUGAUGAAGACGAUUUUACUGAAGAAAGGCGAAGCCGCAACGCUUCCUACAUACCUGAGUUCUCUCCUCUUGGCUCCAUGGGACAAUACACAGCUGUGGACUAUUGGGGGAGUAACUUGCUCGACUUGUUCAGCGGUGUUGACAGCAGUAGGAAGGGUAGCGCUACCAACCUCAAUCCGUCUGACAUAGGCAGCAACUUAUCUUUGCACACAAUGCUACCAGAGAAAAUUUAUCAGAGGCGGGAGGAGGCAGGCAACGCUCCAAUCGCCCUUGAAAUUGAGAUGACCACGUGUUCAAAGUGUCACAACUGUGCGAGCAUUUUGUAUGACGAAGAGAUAAUGGCAGGAUGGGUCCCAGACGACUCAAAUCUCAAUACAAAGUGCCAACAUUGUGAUAAACCUGUUGUGCCGUUCCUUGUUGUAAGUAUUUUGGACUUCAGAGAAAUGCCUGUCAAGGAAGCCAGUGCUAGUCCUUUGCCUACAUGCGCAAGUUCCCAAUCUUUGCAAGAGCUGGCAUGCUCCAAAGAUACGCUGCACCCUGAUUCUGCACUUGCAGAUGGAAAGAAAGCGUCACGGACAAGGAGCAUCAGUGAAAGUCAGCUGACUAAUCAGACUCAAGGAGAGCAACCUGAAGAUCUCAAAACUUCUUCUGAUUCUGGAAUGGAGCCAGUUUCUAACGAACCAGUCACUGUUCCAUACCUUAAUCCUCUAGUGUUGCGGAAAGAAAUAGAGAGCAUUCUGGAAACUGAAGGAGACGCUGCUCUCAUGAAGUUCAAUUUCGUUGAUGAGCAUCCAAUUAUAUAUUGGAAUUUGGUAUGGAUAUUCCAACGCAUCGACGUCGAGAGCCACUUACCGUACAUUUGCCUGGAUUCUGUAGCAGUGAAAAAAGGCAGAUCUAUUCACUGCAGCUGGAUUGAUAUUCCCCAACCUGGCAUUUUAAUCAGGUGCAUGUGGGAAAAUCCACGGUUUUAUGAAGAGACAGGCAGACCAAUGUACAUAGCUUGGCAGCAAAUGAGGCAGCUCAAGAAUAAACCUGUUCACAAAGCAGACAUCUCUGCAGCUAUUAUGGAUAAGAUAAUCACUUGUGUCAAGAGCAACGACUUGCUUGAGCCGAUGAACAAAGUUGCUGCCGAAAGACAAACCCUCAAGCAGAACAUCAUGCCUCGAACUUAUUCCAUUUAUAGAGACAUACUCUUCCUGGCAUUUGCUGCUCUCCAGAGAGAAAAUAUAGACCAAGUGGCAUUUGACGAAGAGUACAGGAUCGCUUAUGACAAAUUGUCGCAUAAGGAGCUAAAAUCGUAUCUUCCUUGUGAUCAACCUCUGACUAAUUAUUCUGUUUGCUGUCGUCACUUCUUCCGUGAGCUAGAUUUAUAAACCCGAUUAAAAGUAUAUACCCUCCUUGUUGUGAUAUGGAUUGCAUAUGUGUGGAUUUGUUCCACUAGUGUAGACAAAAAGUAUGAAAGUAUUCAUGUUGAGUGAUCUGUUGAUCCUCGAGUUUAUCACCGAAGCAAUUUGAAAUUGUGAUUCAAACGCAUUGUGUGCCUUUUUAAAUUGAGCACUAGUUGCAUUGAUAUACAUUAUUAAGUACUAUAAUAAACAUCAUCUUCUGUAUCAUCAGCUAUACACGACAA